AUGGACAUGGAAACCGAAUUCGAAGGGUUCCAGAAGAAAAAUACACCUUCUUUGAUUGGAUCCUCUAUCAGAAACUCCAGUACUCCCAGUGGAGACCUGGACAAGGAUGAGCCGGAAUCGAUCAUUCUGGAUCGCGCUCGGUCUAGUUCCCGGCCUGUUGUUAAAUCAAACCCUUCCACCUCUCAUCUGGGGUUUAUUUCUGUGGAGGAUCUAAAGGCUGAAGGCGGUUUGAUCAACGACGAGGAGGGAGAGGUUUUGGAUUCGAUUUUGGACGACGAGGGUCAUUUUAAAGAGGACGCAUUGCAAUUCAAAGAGCGCCAGCACGAGGAAGAAGAGCAGGUCACCCAUAAGAGCCAUCUUCAUCAUGAUCUGCCAGUGGACCCUGCUGAGGAUAAAGAGCACCCAGAGAUCUUUGGUGGUGAUGCAGGAAAGUUUUUGGCGCCUGCUGCUGCAAGCUCAAGUGAUCUGUCCGAUUUCAAGUACAAAUCCCCUGCUGUUGAGACGCCUGCCGUUGAAGAGAAGGAGCCCGAGCUAAUUGAGCCCCAGAAGAUUACUACCGUCGACGACAUUCUGGAAAAAAUCAACCAAGGCAGCAAGGAUCUGGCCAGUGAAGACGAAUCGACAGACGUCAGGCUGGAGGAGAAAAACGUGAAAGAACCUGAAGUUCCGGACCACUCGAUAGACGUCGACCAGGAAUUCACUGCGCCAGCCAGUAUGAGAGAGGGCUCAAAUUCCAAGCUCCUCAGAGACAACCCAAGAUCGCGUUCGCGUGCGGAGCGCCAUGGUGAAUCCCCAUUCAGAGAAGGAGUUGGUAUGUUCAGACCUCACUUGGCGAAGGGAGAGUCUUACCACAGUGGUGUCUCUAAUGACGACUACAGUGUAGGAUCCACGGACACGGAGCAUCUGGCUACAGAGAGAAAGCCAAGACACGAUCCGGGAUCUGUUCGUAUUUCGAACUCGUCGUCGUUGAACUAUUUACGUUCGAUUUCCAGAUCCAGAUCCAGAGUUGCCAACGAUAGAGAUGCUAUUGGAAAAGACCGUGGUAUGGAUCAGGAGGAGCUGAAGCAAGGCGGUGUGUUGAUGCAUGAUGGUGAUUUCUCGCAGAUGGCCGACCUUGAGGACGCGAUAAGCAAUGCUUUGAACAUUGUUGAGAAUACGAAAAGUGUCAAAGACGGAAGCAAGUUUGGCAGACAGAAGGAGAACAUUCUCAGUGACCUGCACAGUUCCGUGAGUCCGCAUGAUUUGGAUCAGGUGAAGGAGGAGGACGAAGACAGAGAUGUUCUGAAGGAAAAGACCAACCAGAUCCAGCCAGUAGCUAAAGAGGUGAAGGCUGAUGAAGGCCACCCAGUUGAUGAAGAAUCUGUUGAGAUUCCAUUGGUUGAAAAUACAGAGACCUCGCCAGAGACAGAGAUCGUUAGUGCCAGCAAGAAGUCCACGGUUGACGAGGACCAGAUACAACUCACCAAGAAAGACAUUGACACCGAGAGUGUCUCUGGAGAGCAUGAGGAGGAGUCGAAGGAGCCUGUUAAGGAAGAGGCUCCUGUUGAGGAGCCUGAAGAAGAAUCCGAGGAGGCGCCAGAGGAACAGAAGGAAGAGGAGCCUGCAGAGGCCGAAGAGACCAAGGAGUCGGAGAAUGAUGACUCUGAGUCUUCUGAGGAGCCCGAGAGUGAGCCAAAGUCUGCUGUUCCAACGUCCGAAAAGGAAGUUGUCAGCGAUUCUGAGGGAGCUUCAGAAGAGCCAGUUUCUGCAGCCAGUCCAGUGGGAAAGCUUUCUGCGCAGACCAAGGAGCUGAACCUCAAAAGCACCGAGGAAUCGGAUGAUGAUAUUGACGAGCUUUUGAAGGCUGCUGAAAAAGAGCAGUCGGCUAAGGCCGCACCUCAGGCUGGAUCUGUGUACGUUCCACGGGAAACGAAAAUGGCGUUUGAGGACGAGCCCGUGUAUAUCUACACGUCUCUUGCCGGUGGAUUCCAGAUUGCUACUCGCACGAACCGUCUGCAGACAAUUUUGACUGCAAACAGGGUCAAGUUUGGAUUCAAGGAUCUUGGUACUGACGAGCAAGCCAAAAAGAUUUGGAAGAGAUACAGUGGGGGCAAGACUCUGCCUGCGCGAUAUCCAACAAAGAACGCUGCAACCCACGGCAGUCCGACUGCAGGGUUCAGAACAGUGGACAUGAUACCUGGGCCGGGGCAGAUCCCGGCAAGUCCCCAGCCGACUCCAAAAAGGAGGUUUCCGAAGAUGAACGGUUUUGGGGUCUCGUUGCUAAAGUUGAGAGAAAAGUCUUUUGAAAGGAAUGGUUUUUUCUGGUCGAGCGGGUGUUGUGGGGCGAGGAGUUUCCAGAUGAUGAUGUUUGGGACGAUGGUGAAGAGCGGAAUCAUGAGCAAGGAAGGGUCGAACUUCUCAGGGGUCAGGAUGGACAGGAACCCGAGCACCUUGGACGGUUGCACCAUUCCAGCGACAAAUAAACCGAGUCCAAACACGAACCCGGCGUUGAAGUAUGUCAAUGCGUGGACGACUGUGAGGAGGGUCUUAUCUGUUGAGUUUUUGAUCCUCAGAGCCAGGACCGGGAGAACAACACUACUAGACACACAGCAUAAUAGAACACGAACCAAGUCCGGGUACGAUUUGUUGAAAGACGCUGCCGCAGCGUCUACUGUUUUGUAG